AUGAGCUCAUACUUCACAUCCCUGACCAGCUCCUCGGCCAUCUCUGGCCUGGGCUCACGGCUCACCAACCUUCGCCGUGCUAUUACCCUAGGCGACGAGGGAGACGAUCCCGACAACGAAGACUGCUCCCACAUCUCCAACGCCCUUCGAGCCUAUUACACCGAAAAGGGCCGUCCAUUCCCACCAUGGCUCCCACAAGACCCCAAGGGUCCAGCUCCGGCAUCCUCCCGCCCGAUUGCGACUUCACAGCUACCCUCCGGCGGCUACAACCAAGGGCCCGCCAACCCCAACGCCGGCCGGAGCGGCGGUCUAGGCGACCUAUGGGGUGAUUCUCCCAAAUCCCAAGGAUCGAUCCCACAGACAGCCAGUCUUCGUCGCGGACGUGGUGGCACGGCACCACCACUUGCCUCGGCCAACAGCGCGCCGCCGGGUCCCGCCAUCACACUUACUCAGUCCCAUUCGCCUGCUGGAUCUGGCACCUCCAGUCCAUCUGGACCGCGGCCAUUGCCUAGCCAGCGAGCUGGGUCGCAUCAACCUCCCCAGGGUCGUCCGGAUCUCGACCGUGCUGGGUCUGGUGGUGGUUCAGCUCAGGAGCGACUGCGGGCCAGAUUACAGGGAGGAAGGUCUCCUAGUCCCCAUGUUGACCCCAGUGUUCGGAAGCCUGUCGGAAUGUCUGGAAGACGUGGAUGA